UAUCGAAUUGAAAUAGUUAAAAAUGAAAUAUGAAUUAAAAUUAUGGUAUUAAACAUACCGUUUUGACUUUCUUCUUGAGCGUAAAGUGAUGUUUUGUGUUAAUUCAGUAAAUUAAGAAAUAAAUGCUUUUCAUUGCACUUGAAAAUGACUAACCAUCCUCGGAUUAUACCUAAUUUGUUAGUAACAGGGACACCUGGAGUGGGAAAGUCUUCAAUCAGUCGAUUGUUAUCAGAAAGAACAAACUUUACUUGGCGGGAGGUGUCAAAACUUGCUGAGGAACAUAACUGUCUUGAUGAAUAUGACCCUGAGUAUCAAUGCCCAUUUUUAAAUGAAGAUAAGUUACUUGAUGUUAUGGAGGGCAUGAUGGCAAAGGGUGGUAACAUUGUGGACUAUCAUGGCUGUGAGUUCUUCCCAGAGAGGUGGUUCGAUGGUGUUUUUGUAAUCAGAACAAAUAAUACUGUUCUUUAUGACAGAUUAACAGCCAGAGGAUAUACUGGAAAAAAAUUACAAGAUAACAUACAGUGUGAAAUAUUUGAGACUCUGUUGGAGGAGGCACAGUCAUCCUAUAAACCUGAAAUAGUACAAGAACUCCAGAAUGACACAGAGGAGCAAUUACAAAAAAAUAUAGAUACUAUUAUAGAAUGGAUUGAGAGGUGGAAGGAAAAUAAUUUAUAAUAAAACAUUUGCCUAAGUCCUGUUUAAUAUGUUUUUUGCGAGCUAUGCAAGAGGUUUAUUGUU